CCGCAACUACUAGUAAAACCAGUGUUCCUUAUAUUUAUAGGAUCUUUCUGACUUUUAUCACAUUCCUGUCUCUCUUAUACCACUUUGUACAGAAAAGGGAAUCUCUUAUCUUCUUUCUUCAUCUCUCAUUCCUCGCUGUCCGAAUUUCCUUCAGCUCUUUCAUUUGCUUCAGCUACAAGCUUUCUCCGAUCCCUACUCUAUUUUCCUCAGAUCAACUCCGAUCGUUCCGAUCUCACAAUCGGUGGUUGCCGGAAGCACGGUGAUCGGCGGACGAAAUCGGCGAGGCUCCGGCGGUGAUCGGUGAUACAAAGCGCUUCUGCUCAUAAAGGAUUUUGCGAUGGGGACUAUGCAAGGGCCAGUGAUUUGCCCGACGGUGAGCGCGAAGCAAGCCGGUUCUUACACUAUGCCGAUGGUAGGCCCUUUGUUGAAGGUCAGGCUUCUUAGAAGCGAGCUGUGGGGGUUUAAGGCAAUCAGUGGUUGCAGCACUAAGGCAGGCUUUGAUUAUCGUCCUCGACAUGUGAGGAAAUGCACAAGAGUGCAUUGUACUUACAGUUCUUCGUCAAAUGGGAAUGGAAGCAUGGCGGAGAAUUUUAAUGAAAAUGAUGAAGACUAUGUCAACUCUAGCGUACUUGAAGCCGUUGAGGUGAAGAGUGGAGCUGAUGGGUUCAUGAUCAAAAUGAGGGAUGGCAGACAUAUGAGGUGUGUCCAUAACAACCCUCAAGGUGGCCAUCUGCCAGACUAUGCUCCACAUCCUGCAAUUGUAUUGAAGAUGGAAGAUGGGACUGGCCUUCUUCUCCCGAUCAUUGUUUUGGAAAUGCCUAAUGUGUUGCUCAUGGCAGCAGUGCGCAAUGUUCCUAUUGCUAGGCCAACUAUGUAUCAAGUGGUGAGGGAAAUGAUUGACAAGAUGGGCUAUGAGGUCCAACUUGUUAGAGUCACUAAGAGAGUGCAUGAAGCAUAUUUUGCUCAGUUAUACCUCAGAAAGGUGGGUAGCGAGACAGAGUUUGUCAGCUUUGACCUUCGGCCUUCAGAUGCCAUCAACAUUGCAGUAAGAUGCAAGGUUCCAAUACAAGUUAACAAGUAUCUGGCAUACAGUGAUGGUAUGAGAGUUAUCGAAUCUGGAAAGCUCUCUACGCAUUCCCCUGCUUCAGAUGGCUUAUUGUUUACUGAACUGGAUCGGCCAAAUGGUCAGCCAUGCAUUGAAACAAAGGAGUUUAACCUUGUGCGUAACAUGCUAAUUGCUGCUGUUGAGGAACGUUACAAAGAUGCUGCUCAGUGGAGGGACAAACUCCUCCAAUUUCGUGCUAAAAAGAACUUCGCAUAGCAAGGUUGGAAAGAUGGCCCCGGAGGUUUAGAACAUUUGUACAUAGACACCAUUCCUCCGAUCGCACUCCUAGUUCGCACGCCUCUUCUCUUCCACUAUAUAUACGCAUGUAAAAGGCUUGUGAAUAUCUAGCUAUAUAUACAUAAUUAGUAUGUAGAGAAGAAGUUACUGGCAGUGUAAUGAUCAAGGCAGAUGGCACCCGUCAGUUUCUGUUUAUUAUAUGUUCCGUCACUUAUAACAGCUAAUUGAUCUUUUAAUGGCUGAUGUUGCAUCUCACUGGUGACC